GCACCUCUUAUUUUGAGAAUGUCUUGUUGAAACCCAACCAACCACUUUUUUGUGUUCUGUUCUUGUAUAUUGUCCCCGUUCCUUUUUUCCCUUUUUGUUGUGUGUGUGUGUGUGCAAGUGACAGGAGGGGGAGGUUUUUGGAGGGUUUGCAACCUCGAGAAUGAGAUAUGGAGCACCUCGUCUUCUUCAACGAGUGCUUCGGCUGAACGACCACAACAAGCCUUUUGCUGCGGCGACGACGACGACGACACUCACCACUACUUGUCGGUCAAUUGUUCAAUGCGACAACAACAACAACAAGAACAACGGUUCUCCGCUUCGACAUCAUGACCACGUCGUGGUGGCUCGCCGUCCGUAUCCGGCGCAGCAGCAGCAACAACAAAGAUGGUCGAGCAGUGCGGCGUCAAAGUCAAAGCCUGCCGUAGACGAGGAACUUUCCCUACAAGUGCCUACGUCGCAGCCGUCUGAGUCAAGUACUACUCUUGCGGCAAAUCAUCCACCAACCUUGCCUGUCCGACAAUGGUCGACACCUUUGGCAAAAACAAUAGCGCAGGCAAUCGAGGUCACCGGACCCGUUUCAAUCGCAUCCUACAUGCGUCAAUGUCUCACGAACCCCGACGGCGGUUACUACACCACGACCCGCAAAGAUGAUGCAGACCAGUUUGGCACAAAGGGUGACUUUAUAACCUCUCCCGAGAUCUCGCAGAUCUUCGGAGAAUUGGUGGGCAUAUGGUUCAUGACCGAAUGGAUGGCACAGGGACGUCCCUCGCAGGGUGUCCAGUUUAUCGAGAUGGGUCCGGGGAGGGGCACGUUGAUGAGUGACGUCCUCAGAACCAUCGGACAGUUUGGCACGUUUGCCAAGUCGAUCUCGGCGGUCUGGCUCGUCGAGGCGGGAGAAGGGUUGAGGGCCAAACAGAAGGAUGUCCUUUGCGGAGAAGACGCCGAGAUGAAAGAGGUCAAGGACCAUACGGGGAAGAAUGUCUGGUGGGAAGCCACCAGCAAACAAGGCAUUCCCGUGCGCUGGGUCGAAGAUGUCGUUCUGCUGCCCGACGGCACGGGGGGUUCGGGAGAUCAGAAGACCGUGCCUUUCAUCAUCGCACACGAAUUCUUCGACGCUCUACCCAUCCACGCGUUCGAGUCGGUGGCGCCAAAGCCGGAAGAGGUGCAGGAGGAGGGGCAGGAGGUACAGAGUAAGCUGCUCGGUGAGAUGGGCCAGCCUGUACCAAAACCAUCCACGGCCAGCAAGUUGCCGCAAUGGCGAGAAUUGUUGGUAGCCCCGACCAAGCCAAAAUUGGACUUGUCUUCACAAUUGGGGAACGGCGCGGGUGCUGCUGCUGCUGCUGCUCACAAACAACCCGAGCCUGAUUUUCAACUGACCCUCGCCAAGGCAAGCACGCCUAGUUCGUUGGUCAUCCCCGAACGACCUCGUUAUCGUCACCUCAAGAAUCAAGUCUCGUCUCGGGUGGAAGUAUCUCCCGAGAGUUCGCGAUACAUUCAAGAGUUUGCAAGAAGGAUCGGAGGAGGAGUGGCAAGCAACCGAUCGUCGAAAGAAGGCACCGGCCAGUCUCCUCUUGAUGGCAAUAACGGUGGUGCUGCCCUCAUCAUCGACUAUGGACCCUUGGAGACGGUCCCGGUCGAUUCACUCCGAGCCAUCCGCAGGCACAAGAUCGUCUCGCCGUUUGUCUACGCCGGUGAAGCGGACGUCAGUGCGGACGUCGACUUUGUGGCGCUCGCGCACGCGGCCCUCGAGGCGAGUCCCGGGAUCGAAGUCCACGGGCCGGUCGAACAAGGAUUCUGGUUGGGUCAACUCGGCAUCAAACAACGCGCGGAGAGACUUGUCGCGGAGCUCACCAAGAGGGGUCAAUUCGGUAGUACCGAAGAGCUCGAGAGGAAAAAGGUGGAAGUGGAAACGGGUUGGAAGAGAUUGGUCGAGGCCGGGCCCAAGGGGAUGGGUAAAGCUUACAAGGUCAUGACGAUCGUUCCAGAGAAUGGAGGGAGGAGAAGACCUGUCGGUUUCGGUGGGAGUGUUGUCGGUUGAAUAUUCCUGUACUCCGUAAUGUAACUGUAGCUACAUGUAACAACAACAAUUCGCCCAAGGAACCAAAAAGUGUGUCUGGAACGAACGCACGCUGAAAAUACUUGGCAACUUUGUUUCAGUAGGUCGUUUUGUACUUUUUACCUCGCAGAAAUUGACCUUACUCAAGGCCGGACGUUAGUACUUGU